UUACUAUUGAGUCACACAAAAAAGAUCACUUGACUGGAAAAAGCGGGGGCGAGGAGGCAACAAUAAUCAACUAUCGAGCUUCCUUAUUUUAGUCAGUUCGCUUUCUUUUGUGUAGCUAUAGACCUUUAUCAUCCAGACAGAGCAUCCAGAUCGAUUGUUUGACCCAAAAAGGGACAUUGGCAUGAUCCUUCCUUUGUGUUUUCAAUAUACUUCAAGGGAAAUGGUUAACUGACCGUAUUAUCGACCGUUUUAAUGAUCGCGGAUAUUCGUUAGACGAGUUUGGGUACCCUACCCGGAUGUGCAUAUUGAAUGACCGUGACUUGUGUGUGUGUGUUUCAGACCGGAGCUCCGUUCGCUUUUUCCAUGUAAUAUUACGUUAUAUUACACGCUGAGACCGUACCGGGUAUUAUAGUUUUGAGUGAAGCACGACGCGCUUGUGUUUUCCUAGUACUACACUUGCGUACGUUUAUUUGGAUUAUAUUUAAUGGCAUAGCCAUGAAGCCGCAAGUGAUGACCAUAUCCACUACUGUCUUAAACGAGGAACAGCAAAAUGGUGAAAUGCCACACAAAUCUGCAAAAUUUGAUAUACUGCACGUGAAAGAAGAGCCGGUUGACAACAGCGAUAUCGAGUCGACCACUUCCCCCGACACUCCGGGGCCGCGACGCAGCCACCACCUCAAGAAGAUGAUGGAAAAAUGGAUGAAUGUCAAAGAUGGAGAUGGUGUCACAAGAAAUCACUUAUCACCUAGUAGCAAUGACACCGAUGAUGCCAGGACACCACCGAGGUCAUCCUUGAUGUCGCCUUCGAAAUCACCGCCGAAGUCGUCGAAAUCCCCGUCUUCCCCUCGCCUCAAUCUUUCAAACAUACCGCCAGAUCCUCGGAAAUGGACCUCACUGCAUGUAGGAAGCUGGGUCGAGGCGGUAGCAGCAAAAUAUGCCUUCGAAGUGAACAAGUCAGACUUUCAAAUGAACGGAAUGGGAUUGUGCCUUAUGAAACGGGAAGGAUUCUUACAUCGAGUGCCCGAACACGGUACGAUUCUUUUCGAAGAUUUCCGAAAGAGGCUUCGGCAGUAUCUCACCGCAUGUCGGCAAAGGGUGCGGACUACCUAUUCGCACCCAGGGACCGCAACACUUCCCGGUAGAGCGCACCACUUCCCGGCACCCACCGCAUCAGGGGCGUCACAAGUGCCGACAUCACCCAUUGUUCAACCCGGUCAGGCGGGUUCUCAGUUAAUUGCCCCAUUUUCGGCACUUCGGAACGUACUUGAUCGCAACCCAUCGGGAGUUUCCGGGAUUCAUCGGUCUUUGCACACGGUACCACCACAACAGGAACCGUUGCCGUUUCGGAACAUUGCACCGUUUCCCGGGAAUAAUCCUCAACCAUCGGGACGGAAUGAUCAUACAUUUCUGCCACCACCUCAAGCCGGGCCGUCCGCGAGCACGACUGGACAAUCGUCCCCUCUAGUAGCCACUCUAAAUGGUCAGUUCUAUGCAGCUGCUUCCCACAUUGUGGGUGCAUCACCAAUGCAUCCACGUCUUCCUAUUCCCGGUUUACCGGCAUCUACAGCAAAAACGUCAUCUCCUUUGCACAUGACCCUCCCGACCUCAGCUUCCUCGGCUCACCCUUGCACGCAAGUUACACCCGUUCAGAGUACCUCGGUGUCUACGUCGUGUCAAGUACACAAUCCUCCAGCCGUUUCCGGCCAUCGUCUCUCUAACUUUCCCCACAUGGGUAAUCCAUGUUACCUCCAUCAUUCACCGUACUACCGAUUUGUUCCUAUCUACCGAACAAUGCGAGUUGUCGGGCGUUUUGAGCCUGUACCGUAUGGGUAUCCACUCACUGUACCCUCAACGACAUCACCCGACGCCUCAUCAGACGUCCCGCCAAACCAACCACCAAACGCCACACCAAGCGUCCCGCUAAGUGCCCCACCGAACGCCACGCCAAACCCCGUGUCGGAAUCCACGAGCCAAUCACAAGCCUCCAUUGCAUCUCAGAGCACGACGUCACCGCCAGUCAACCAAUCGCAAGCUCUAGAUUUGUCAACCUCAAAUAGUACUAGACCCGCUCCAUCUCAAGAGCAGAAUGUGCCUUUCAGCGGCGGUCAUAAGCGAAUCAAAACAGAACCCCAAUGAAAAGAAAAUAUUGAUAUGUUAUUAUUGUAACAAAUAUGAACAGAUUUACAUUGAAAUAGACAGUAAACUCUCUUCACAAUGUCUAUUGAUUCGCGCUAACAGAUACAUAACCAGCAGCCUCUAUUUCCCCGCAUUUAUCACGAUUUUCUUUUUGGUAACUUUCCUAGGAGGGACGCAACCGCGUUAUUCAGUUUUCGCCGCGACUAUAGCGAGUAAUUUAGCUCGCGUAUGCAUGCUGUGCGUGCAGUAGAAAUGACGUCACUACCAAGAUUUUGACAUUCCUACAUUAACCCGACCAAAUGUGAUUACCAGGCGAUGAUAAUGAUAUUAUUUUUAACUUGAUAUAACUGGUAGCGCGGAUUUCUUUAUUUAAUGCAAUCAUUUCCCCCUUCUGAAUUUCAGCUGCAGAAAUAAACCCACCUUUUUGUUAAUUAUUUAUUGGAAAAAAAAUCAUGUAUAUAUAUAAUUCCAUUUUCUUUGCUUUAAUUUCACCUUUUUUAUUGAUCUGAUGAGUCCGCCACUGGUUUACCUCUUUCAGCUUUCGUCCAUUUUGUUUUUACCUCACUUGUGAUUGGAUGUGUGUUUUCAUUGCAACUCUUGAUCAGCCAAUCAAAUUCGAGCUCUGAUUGUAUAUGAGCCAAUGGCCUGCCAGGAUGUAGACAUCAUGCAAAAUGCUUCUUGCUGAUUGGUUGAUGCAUUAAUAGCGGCAUGGGAGACCGUAAGGCUAUUGACACACUACUCCUCUUCUGAUUUACCCAACCAAGUUUUGCGCAGAGUCAAUCAGAUGCAAGGAUUUUCAGUUUAUAUCAUCUGUCAGCGAAGAUUACUAAAAAAAAGGUCUUUAAAAAAAACUAGUGAAUCGUUUCAUCAACAUUAAUUUUGUCAUUCGAUUGUCAGGGGCCUGUUCCUGAAAGAAUUGUGAUUAAUCGCAACUCAAGCGCUAAUCGUAAGUGCACUCGUCUGAUUGGCCAAAAAAAUCAAGUUCUGAUUGAUUUCCGGUUGAUUGAUUGAGUUGCUUUUGAUUGCAAUUCUUUCUGAAACGCGUCCCUGGAUCUGAAAACUUUCCUUGAGUUUGAUUGGCUGAGAAGGGCAAUUUCUAAAGUAUAUGUCGGAUAAAAUAGACUUUGUCGGAUAAGGCAUCCGACAAACCUUUCAUGAAAUACUGCAAAGACUUGAAACGAAACUCGUACACCCAUUUAAACAUAACAAAACAAGUAGCUCCCAUAAUUUUUCAACGAAACAGUUGCAGAUGAGAAGGGCAGUUCCUAUGGUAACUGUCGGAUAAAAUAGACUUUGUCGGAUAAAAACAUCAGAUAAAUCCUUUUAUGAAAUACUCCCUGACUUGAAACUGAACUCGUGCACCCAUUUAAACAUGACUAAACAAGUUGCUUCCUUUAACUUUUCAACGAAACAGAUUUGAACAAAAUAUUUUGGCAUGAAUGUGGCUACAUUCAUUGGCUAACUUUGUAAAGGUAUUACGUUUAUAUAUACCUCUAUUUUCAUCGUUCCUUUCUCUCUUAUCUCUCACUACCUCAUUUUUUGUCUAUACAUAGGGCCUAUAGAUUGAUUCUUUUCCAUUUCCCACUUCAAAAGGUCUUAUAGUUAAAUUCUGCUGAACCUAUGAUUUUGAAGCUAUAGGUGUAACGGGUGUGUAUCAUACCAGUAACGUACACAGUAAAAUGCUGUUUAAGAUCUUAUACAACGCUGUUUACUAUAUGAACCUUCAGUAUUUGUUUAACCGUUUAAACAAUCAUGUUUAAUUCAUUGGAAAUUAGAUAUUGUAAAUUAAGCUUUGUUGCUUAAGAUUUAAACAGUUGUUUAAAUUGUUUAAACAAUUACUGUAAGGUUCAUAUAGUAAACAGCGUUAUGGACCUCUGUAAUUUAAGAUUCAUUAUCGUUCUUGAAGUGGCUAUACUACUUUUUAAUAGUGCGCAAUAUAAUGCUUUCCCCGAGUAUAGUCUUACCGAAAUAUCUGCAGAAAUGCACACACGGCCACGCAAUUACCGUGAGUAUUGACAGAUUAAAUAUUUCGAGUAUGAACACGGUCAUGAAAAUGAACUGAAUCACCACAGUAAAUUUACCCGUUGUUCGUACAGUACAUGAUUUAUUGCACAAAUUUCGCCACAAGGCACAUGCUUCUCCCAAGUCGUCAUUAUAGAGAAAAGUCUACCUCUUUGUGUAGGAGUAACAGGGAAAAGCAGUUAUACCUCAUGAUCAUUUGAUUUAUUUACAAGCGUAUUAGAAUAAAAAAAUAUAAUCAAAUAUAAAUUAUGUAGGCCUGUCUGAAGAGACUCUUCCUUUUUGCGCCUAAUAUUCUUUUCCUCGAUCAUUAUACACAGACAGUUCAGAUUUUAGUUUAUUUACCAUUCCACAUAAUUUGUUAUUCAGUGUUUCAUAAUGUAUUUGCCCCUCAAUAACUGGGCUUUAAAAUCUCUUGUUUAUUUCGUAUUUUUUUCAUAUAACCUCCAGGAAAAGUCGAUAGUCGCUCCUGAAACCUCCAAUAAUAAUCAGUGACGGUAAUUAUACAAGGAGUUUUUAAAAUAAGUUGGUAACAGUAUGAAAAGCACAUGCAUAACAGUUUUUCAUGCAUAUAAUGAAUAUCUUGCCAUUAUGUACACGGCUAUCAGAAAAAAUAUAUCUUUAGAAAUACUUGAAGUUCUUAUAAUUAAUUCGGUAUUGGGUUCUACAACUGUUUUUUUUUAUAUUGUGAAGAUAAUCAUUGUCAUAUAAGUGUCAUACAAUGUAAGCAAGUUCUCUUUACAUGAUUAACCUGUAUACCUCUAGGUAAGUGUUCUGUACAUUUAGCAACUUUUCUUGAGUAAAAACAUGAUCGUAUAACUUUGUAUAUCUGCUGUUUCAAUAAAAUCAAGACAUAUUUUCAUUAAAGUCUGCUUCCAAUAAGUAAUGCUUGGAAUAAACAGUAAAUCCUAAUCUUUAUUUUGAAAGAAUGUUGGGAAAUCAAGUUCCUUUUUAUAGCUAUUUUAAUGUGAAGCCAUGUAUAUGUUUCUUUACAUGGUUAUGAUUUUAGUCUAUUUUGGGGUCUCGAAUUUUCAAGGAUUAUUUUGAUAUAUGUAUAUAUCCAUCUCACGAUUGUCAAACAUGGAUUAUCUGCGUUUUUCAGCUUUGCUUUCAAAAUAUAAUAAAGUUUAUAUUUGAUUUUA